CUAGCUGUCAUUUCGGUUGAAAAAGUUGAUUCGUCCCAAAAUUUGUUUGUGUUUCGCGUAUCGUGAAUGUGGAAUUUUACAAUUUGUUCAAUAGUUUUAAAUCAAUAGUGUGUCCAACCAAAUGGAUUACAUUUCCGGCAACUCGGCGCGUUCAAGGAUCAAAUCGGCAAGCAUGAACUUUCAAAUGCACACGGACAUUUCCCGGCUGUGUCGGAUUUGUCUGAAAGACGCCGACGGUAUCCAAAUGGAAUACAUCUACAAGUCUCCGGAUUCGGCGCGGCCCUGUUUGCACACGAUGCUGAGUGCCAUUUGUGCCCCGGUUUUCGACAGCGAGGACAUCCACGAGCAGGUUGCGAGGGAAUCUUUUGGAAUGCCCAAGGCGGUCUGCCAGAACUGUAAGCGCAGAAUUCUAGCGGCUUACGACCUGUACGAGGCUUGCAUCGAAGGCGACCGGAAACUGUGGGAGAUGAUCAUAAUCCAGAAGGAGUUGAUAGACGAGGAGGACACAAAACAGCAGCCUAGAUCGACCGCAAGGUCCAAACCGCAAAAUGAAGAUGCUGAAAGCAUGUCUACGGAAGAGCCAUCGGAAGCGAACAAAGAGGACACCGGCGACAAAGAUGCCUCGGCAAAUAAGGACGAUACGUACCGUAAUUCAACCAUUUUAACGUGUGAUCUGUGUUCGGCCAGUUUCAAAUCUAAAAAGAACAUUCGCCUACACAUGAAGGAAUCACACGCUGAGUCGAUAAAACCCUGCGACCAGUGCGACGAAAUAUUCGUCAGCGAAGUUCAAAUGGAAGACCAUAUUCUCUACCACAGAACGGGGAAAAAGUUCUCCUGCGUGGUUUGUAAGAAACGUUUCGCCACGACCACCGCUCAUCGUCUGCAUGCUCGUACCCAUGUUAAUUUCACCCCAUUUCAAUGCGAUCAGUGCGACAAAAGCUUUAGCACUUCCAGCGCGCUACAGCUCCAUUUGACCCGCCAUACCGGCCAGCGGGAUAUUGCCUGCGAGCUUUGCCCGUUGCGGUUCUAUACCAAGGGUUCGCUCAAGUUGCACAUGAUAACCCAUACAAAGGAGCAAAAGUACGCCUGCGACAUUUGCGAUUCGCGAUUUACAACGCGUGAUUCGCUAAUAAUACACACGAAGAAGCACACAGGCGAACGCCCAUUUUCAUGUACCGAGUGUUCAUUGACAUUUGUCACAUCGGGUAAUCUGAAGCGCCAUAUGCGAACCCACACCGGAGAGAAACCAUACAAGUGCGCCUAUUGCAAUCUCUCGUUCCGCGAUACGACCGAUUUGCUCAGACACAGCCGUAGCCACGUUGGCGACAAACCGUACCGUUGCGAUAUCUGUACCGAAUCGUUCAGAUUGGUGGCCGAGCUGCGGACCCACUACUCGGUGCAUUUCAAACCCGGAGAAAAGGGGGCAACCGAAAUCAUGGAAAAGCUGAAGCGGAAAUAUCAAGAUAACGAUGGGAGCAACCAUUUCACCAUUUCGCAAGCGAGGAACAGGCGUUACAAACUGGUUCUGAAGGAGAAAAAGAUUGUCGAGGAAAUGGAAACGGAUGACGACGGAAGCAGCAAACCAGAGGAUGCCGAUAAUGCUAACGGAGAUGUUAGUACAGAUGACGAAGAGAAAAUAUACGUUGACAUUGAUUACAGCCAAGUAGAUUGAACAAUCGUGAAAGUUAAUAUUGUGUGAGCAAACUUCUUAUUCCUUAGAAUAUAAGUAACGUUAAAAAUUGAAUGAAUUGCUAGUACAACAGCGUA